AUGUCUGCAGCCGCCGUUGCAACCAACUUACCACCACCCGGCCAGCCCGAUAUCCAAUAUGCACCCAGCUUUGAAAAGUGGCAAGCUCGCGCGUCAUCGCGAGUGAAGAAUGAAAAACUGACCAAAACUCUCCCCGAUGGUUUUCCAACCGAGCUGAAGGGCAAUCUAGUUUGGGAUGGCAACUCCGUAGCCGAAUCGUAUGAUUGGGUUUACCGGCUAUCGACUGAAGAGCUCAAGGAAAUCGAUACUGCUGUGGCUCACUUUAAAACACUGGGCAAGCCGCUAGCCGAGAUCUCUGCAGAGACCUUCCCACUUCCCAACCUGCAUGCAAAGCUUCGCGGGCUCUCUGAUGAGCUACACUCUGGACAUGGCUUCUUUGUCAUCCGUGGAGUUGAGGUGGACAAGCAUACCCGCGAGGAAAAUGUUAUAAUCUAUACGGGGCUGUCCGCGCAUAUCGCCGCUCAACGUGGUCGUCAGGACCAGUGGUUUGACGGCAAACCUGCCGACGUGGUUCUUACCCACGUGAAAGAUCUUAGUCAAUCAAACAUCUCAAAGAGCAUUGGAAGCCCUGCGUAUACGACGGACAAGCAGGUAUUUCACACGGAUUCUGGUGCUAUUGUAGCACUCUUUGCAUUGGAAUCGGCAGUUGAAGGAGGAGCAAGUAAACUGGCGAGUACAUGGCGGGUCUAUAAUGAAAUCGCCCGUACGCGUCCAGAUCUCAUUCAUACCCUCUCGCAAGACUGGGAUGUCGAAGUGUUUGACAACCCCAACAAGAAGUAUACAACCAGGCCAUUGCUCUACCAUCAAAAGGCAAUAGGGUCGACUCCGGAGCGAGUCAUCCUGCAGUAUGCACGCCGAUAUUUUGUUGGAUACGGGGCAUUGCAACGCAGCAGCGAUAUUCCGCCCAUUACCGAAGCACAAGCGGAGGCUUUAGACACACUGCACUUCCUUGGUGAUAAGUUCUCGAUCUCAACCGACUUUCAAAAGGGCGACAUCCAAUACAUCAAUAACACCGCCAUCUUCCAUGCCAGAGAUGCCUUCGUUGACUCUGCUGACAAGCAAAGACAUCUCGUCAGAUUCUGGCUCCGUGAUCCAGAGAAUGCUUGGGAAACGCCGGCACAACUACAGGCGCGUUGGGCUGAACUUUAUGAUGGAGUGACCUCCGAGAAACAGGUUUUCCCUCUGGAGCCUUAUAUACGAACCGCUGGUCACCAAAGGAAAUAA